CCUUGGCAUGUUUAAACCCUACGCAAAUUGAGAGAGAGAUAGAGAGAGAGAGAGAGAGAGAGGAGUCAGGAGUCUGACGAGAAUGAUUCGGAGCCGUCCUAUACCAGCCGUCGCAAGGCUGAUGAGACAUUUUUGCAGGGUUUCCGAGACGGAGACCGAGAGAAAACCGGAGCGACUGUACCGGAGACUAUCGGCCUUGGGAGCCACCGGAGGGAGCGUCUCAGAGACUUUAAAACAGUACCUCAGGGAAGGCAAUACCGUUUAUAAAUACAAUCUCCAGAGAUGCAUUAAGGCGCUCCGCAAGUACCGCAGGUUCCAGCACGCCCUCGAGAUAAUGGAAUGGAUGGAGGCCGAGGGAUUCAAAUACUACUCUACAGACCAUGCAUUGCGUUUAGAUCUUAUAUCGAAGACAAAAGGUAUCCCUGCAGCGGAGGAAUACUUCAGUGGUCUUCCGCCGACUGUGAAAAACCGAAUAACUUAUGGAGCCCUUCUGAGCUGCUAUUGCAAGGAAGUGAUGGAAGACAUGGCAUUAACUCUCUUUAAGGAGAUGGAUGCGUUGAACUUUGUUUCAUCUGAUUUGGCUUUUAACAAUCUUAUGUCUCUAUAUAUGAGAACAAACCAACCAGAGAAAGUGCCUCCCCUAGUACAAGAAAUGAAGCGGAGGAGUAUUCCACUGAGCACAUUUACUCGUAAUGUAUGGAUGAAUAGUUAUGCGUUGUUGAAUGAUAUUGAUGGGGUAGAAAGAGUUCUGAAGGAAGACGAAAGCAAAUGCGACUGGACAACAUAUAGUAAUUUGGCUGCAAUCUAUGUCAAGGCUGGCCUUUUUGAGAAAGCUCAGUUAGCUCUUAAAAAGCUGGAGGAAAAUAUGAAACCCCCAAAGCGUGAGGCUUACCAUUUUCUGAUUAGCUUGUAUGCGGGUACUAAUAAUUUAGGUGAGGUACAUCGGGUAUGGAAGUCCCUAAAGUCGGUUCUUCAGACAACUAACAAUAUGAGCAAUCUGGUUAUGCUCCAAGCUCUUCGCAAACUAAAAGAUGUUGAUGGCUUGACAAAAUGCUAUAAAGCGUGGGAGUCUAGUUGCUUCAGUUAUGAUGUAAGGUUAGCAAAUGUUGUUAUAAGUGCUUACCUAAGUCAGGACAUGUUCAAAGAAGCAACAUUGGUCUUUGACGAUGCCAUGAAGAGGUGUAAAGGACCUUUCUUUUUAGCUCGGGAAAUGUUCAUGGUUUACUUCUUGAAGAUCCGUCAGGUGGAUUUGGCUCGUAGUUAUCUGGAAGCAGCUGUUUCUGAAGUCAAGCACAAUGAAUGGCGUCCAGCCCCGGCAACAGCCUGUGCAUUUUUAAAGUAUUUUGAGGGAGAGAAAGAUGUAGAUGGAGCUGAAGAGUUUUGCACGACUCUGAAGACUUUUAAGUGUCUCACCUCUAACAUCUACCAUUUGUUGCUUAAGACUUACAUAGCUGCUGGUAAACAGGCUCCCGAGAUGCGUCGCCGGUUGAAGGAAGAUCACAUAGAAAUAAGCAGUGACUCUGGCUUAGAAAACUUGCUUGAACAGGUUUGCCCUGAAUAGCCUUUAGUCCCUCUGAUCAAAUAUGGAGACUUCUCCCUCUUACUUCUAAUUGACAAAUGGUCCAUUUGUUAUUCAAGUGACGAUCACUUUACAGAGGAAGAAUUUCAUUUGUUAAUGCUAUGAGCGAUGACAUAUAAAACUGUUAGUUGUCUUAUUGUUUUACUGUUACAAGAGGAAGAAGUGAUUGCCAUUA